AUGGGCGCGGGCGCGUCGACCGGGCAGUUCAGCGCCGAGGGCAUCCUCUCCGAAUCCGAGAUCGACCCGAACGAACCGGUGGAGAACGAGGGGUACGACUCCGACCUCGCCGCCGACCACGAGCGGCUCAUCGCCACCAAGAAGACGCCGUCCGCCGGGAUCCCGACGCUGGACCCGCGAAAGGGCAGGCUCUCGCUGCAACCCUUCGGCGGCAAGUACAACAUCAUGCCGUGCGCGCAUAACCUCCACAAACCCGCGCAGUACCCCGACGAGUUCCCCGCGGACGCCCUGAAGCUCCCGGACGACACCCUGAAGCUCGAGUUUGUCCACGGAUACCGCGCGCACGACUGCAGGUCCAACCUCGGAUACUCCGACGACGGCAAGCUCUGCUACCACGCCGCGGGCGUCGGCUGCGCGAUGAACACGCAGACGCGCAAGCAGAACUUCUUCGAUUUGCACGACGACGACAUCACGUGCCUCGUCAUGCACCCCUCCAGGCGCUACGUCGCCACCGGACAGGUUGGCGCGUCCCCCGCCAUCCACGUGUGGCGAGCGUCGGAUGGCCAGAGGGUCGCGUCCAUUCGCGGCGCGCACAACGCGUCCGUGCUGCUCCUCGCCUUCUCCGCGGACGGGCGGUACCUCGCCAGCGUCGGCGCGGACCCGGAGCACACCGUGGCGGUGCACGAGUGGGAGGCGAACCCGUCGGAGGAGGACGGCGGCGCCUUUGGUGGGAAGCUCGUCUCGUGCGCGUUUUUCGACAUCUUCGGUCGGUCGACGCCGCUGUGCAUGAAGUGGAACCCCACGGACGGGCGCUUGGUCGUGGGCGGGACCAAGUCCCUGAAGUUCUUCGCCGUGGACGGCGAUCAGCUGCGGUGCACCCCGGCUGUGUACUCGCACGGCGCGCGAAAGGGGUACGCCGCGUGCUCGGUGCUCUCGCUGACGUUUCUUCCCGACGGGAGCACCUUUGGCGGAACCGUCAAGGGAGACGUGUACAAGUACGAGGAAGGGGGCGUGCGUGCGGUUCGCAAGUUCACCGGCGUGCACCACGGCCCGAUCCACGACAUGUGCUUCACCGGCAAGGCGCUGGUCACCGCGGGCAAGGAUGGCAAGAUCAAGCUGUGGAGCGUGUUCAUGCAACCGAUGUUCGAGCUCAACCUCGCCAAGACGAAGGAAACUAUGGUGGACGAGUACUACAGCACGUUGUCGUUCCAGAGCGGCAAGUCGCCCUCCAUUCGCGCCCUGGCCGCCACCGUGGACGGCCGGACCCUCGCCGUGGGCACGUCCUCCUCCGAGGUUUUCGAGAUUGACAUCUCGCAGACGCAAGCCGUGGCGGCUGCGUCCGCCAAGCUCGUCAUCCAGGGCCACGCCGCCGCGGUCGACCCGCGCACGGGCAAGGACAUCGGCGAGGUCUGGGGGCUGUGCAUGCACCCGAACAAGCCCAAGUUUGCCACCGUCGGCGAGGACCGCACCCUGCGCAUCUGGUCGCUGAAGGAGAAGCGGAUGAAAUCGCACAAGCGCCUCCCGGGCGCGGGGCGAUCCGUCGCGUGGCACCCCACCGCCGAGCACGUCGCGUGCGGCACCACGAACGGCAAGGUGACCGUCAUCGACCUCUCCAACAACUCCGUCGUCGCCUCCGUCAACGUCAACGUCAACGCGGAUGACGAGAGCGGAGCUCCCAUCACCAACUUGCGAUACUCCCCCGACGGUAAGUUCCUCGCCGUCGCGUGCCAGGACGGCCAGCUCCGCAUCCUCGACGUCUUCAACGGCACGGACGGCGGCUACAGACUCGUGGACCAGACGGAGCCCGUGACCAACCCCGACGCCGCGGCGCUGGGCAGCAAGUACAACCCGGAUGACGCUGGUAAGCUCGCGCUGACGCACCUGGACUGGUCCGAGGAUUCUCGAUUCGUUCAGGUGAACACCGCGCACGGCGACGUCAAGUUCUUCACCGCGCCGCAGUGCGACGAGGUGCCGGCGUCCGAUCCGAGCGUGGCGAACGCCGAGUGGGCCACCUGGUCCCUCCCCUGCGGCUGGCCCACGCAGGGCCUCUGGUCGCCGACGAUGAUGCCCGGCGACCUCAACGCCGUGGCGCGAUGCAACAAGGGCGACUGGGAGCAGGGCGAGCGCGUGAUCGCCUCCGCGGACGACUACGGCCGCGUGCGACUGUCCCGUUACCCGGCCAACGUCGGCGAGUCCGCGCACCGCGAGUACUGGGGCCACAGCGCGCACGUGACCAACUGCGAGUUUUCUAGCAACGACAAGUGGCUGGUCACGACGGGCGGCGGCGACCGAUGCGUCCUCGUCUGGAGGCACAAGGACCCCGACAACGAGGGCCCCGACUACCAACCCGGGUCCGACUCGAGGCCCGCCACGGCCGCCACGCAGAGGAGCCACAUGUCCGGCUCGCAGUUUGGCGUCCAGACGUUACCCCCCGGCGCGACGGCGACGACAAAGACGCUCGCCGCCGCGUUGGCUGUCACCACGUCGCCCAAGCUCGCCGUCAAGGAGACGCCCUCGAAGGACCCGCUCGGGGACAAGGCGGCCGCGGACAAGGCGGCCGCCGCGUACAAGGCGCAGGAGGAGGCGAGGCUCAAGUCCUUAUCCCCCACCACGCCGGUGGUUCCCGAUUGGGUCGACUCGGACACGGAUUCGGACGACGACGACGCGUGCACGUACGACAACGCGGUUUCGUCCAAGGCUAUCCUCAUGGUCAACUCCGGCAUGGAGAACGGCCAGAGCGUGUACACCCCCGUCAACGCGCACAACGGACACCCAAACCCGUACAAGAACCACUCCCUGGCGGAGCUCGGGUGCCGCCGGGGGUAUCGUUCGCCGAUGACUGGCAAGCCGUGCCUGUCGCAGACGGAGGUUCCGUCCUGGUGGCAGAAGGAGUCCACCACGUACGACCCGCCGGACGCCACCUUAUUUCUCAGGUGGGUGUACGGCUUUCGCGGGUACGACACCAGGCAGAACGCCUACUACAACGACAAGGGUGAGAUUUGCUACCACUCCGCCGCGGUUGGCGUCGUGUACAAUCCCGUGUACGAGACCCAGAAGCACGUCACCGAUAACCCCGAGUCGGACGACGUCGCCGAGGGUAACAGCGACGACAUCCUGUGCAUGGCCAGGCAUCCCGACAAGGUCAUCUUCGCCACCGGCGAGAUUGGCAAGAACCCCAAGGUUGUCGUGUGGGACAGCGCCAACAUGAAGGCUCUUGCCGUGUUGGAGGGUUUCCACAAGAAGGCUGUCACCGCGCUGUGCUUCUCGCCGUGCGGCGACUUCGUGGCGUGCGUGGGCCAGGACGACGAGCACAAGGUUGCCAUCUACGAGUGGCGCACAGAGACUUUGCUCGCUUGGUACAAGGCUGACCGCGAGAAGAUCCUCGGGAUCAACUGGUCGCCCUUCUCCGGCGACCUCGUCACCACCGGCGUGAAGCACAUCAAGGUAGUCAAGGGGUGCUGGAGCAAGGAGGAAAAGAUCGUCAAGGGUCAGGUGUUCAAGCCGGUCAAGGCGAAGUUUGGCGACCUCGGCAAGUGGCAGAACUUCUACACGUCCUGCUUCACGCCGGAAGGGGCGUGCGUCGUGGGUUCGCAGAAGGGAAAGCUCUACGUCUUUGACCCGGAUAUGAAGCUCGUGAAGGUUGUCCCCGGCCACGGCGGCAAAGUCAACGCGGUUUUCUGCCUGCACGACUCCAACGUCCUCUUCUCCGGCGGCGACGACGGCGUCGUGGCGUUCUGGAAGGCUUCCGACGUCACGCCGUUGCACCGCAUCCAGCUCACGUCCGCGGAGUCCGGUGCGCCCGCCGCGGUUAGCUCCAUCACCACCGACGUCAAGUCCAAGGUGCUCUGCGGCACCAAGUGCGGCGAGAUUUGGGAGAUCUCCGACGAGGCUCGACUCGUCGUCGAGGCGCACGGCAAGGGCGAGGUUUGGGGCCUCGCCGUCCACCCGACGUUACCCAAGAUCCUCACCGGAUCCGACGACGGCACGCUUCGCAUCUGGGACGUGGAGCCCGAGAAGCCCAGGAAGGUUGUCGCGCGCGCGAGAAUGAUUGAGGACCCGGCGCAGGUGCGGCGCAUCCCCAACUCGAGCUUCAACACGGACGCCGUUCGCUCGGUGGCGUUCCACCCCAACGGCGAGACGUGCGCGGCGGGUACCAUGGGCGGCGUGGUGCAGAUCUUCUCGCACAGCAUCCAGGGCGGCAAGCACGACUCUUUGGUCCGCGUCGCCGAGUUGAAGAGACCGAAGGGCCGCGACGAGUGGAUCUCCGACCUCAAGUUUUCGCCCGCGCAUCCGGACGACCCCGUCGGCGGUCGCUACCUCGCCGUCGGUUCGCACGAUAACUACGUCGACGUGUACGACUGCAGGAACAGGUACGAGCUCGUCGGCGUGUGCAAGGGCCACUCGUCCUUCAUCACGCACAUGGGCUGGUCCAAGGAUGGCUCGACGCUGUUCACAAACUCUGGCGACUACGAGAUCCUGUACUGGCACAUGCCCAAGGGUGUGCAGAUCGUCCGCUCCUCCGAGUGCAAGGACGUCGCCUGGGACGGAUGGACCGGCGUCCUCGGGUUCCAGGCCACCGGCGUGUGGUACAAGGGCAGCGACGGCACCGACGUCAACUCGUGCGAAGUUUCCGUCGUUCGAGGCGACGCCGGCCGAGAGGAACGCGUCAUCGCCACCGGCGACGACCGCGGCGUCGUCUCCCUCUUCAAGGCUCCCGCGCUCGGCGGCCGCGCGCUCACGUACGGCGGCCACAGCUCGCACGUGACGAACGUGAGGUUCAAGAAGGACGGGACACAGCUGUUCAGCGCGGGCGGCGGCGACGCCAGCAUAUUGCAGUGGGAGGUUGUGCCCGGCGGCAGGAGCGCGGCGCCCGCGGGGGGCGUGACUGAGUCCCUCGCCGGGGCGUACCCGCGUCAGACGUUCGAGCACAGCGACGAAUCCGUGGACGCCAUCCAACCUUGA